GGGGUCUAUUUCACUUUUCAGGCUCGCUCCAGUUGGGGUUUGUAAGCAAGAACAGAGGCCGAGGGAGAACUUUUUCCAGCUCUGCAACAAUGGCCGACGAAGACUUCGAGAUGGACGGAGGAUACGAGGAUGAGCCUGUUGAGCCUGAGAUUGAGGAAGGGGCAGAGGAGGAAGUAGAAGGAGAUAACAAUAACCCUGAGGACAUUCCUGAUCCCCUUUUAGCUGAUGGUGAAGAAAAACAGGAACGAGCACCAGGAGAACGACCUCGGAAGACAUCAAAAUACAUGACAAAAUAUGAGCGAGCAAGAAUUUUGGGUACUCGUGCCCUGCAGAUUAGCAUGAAUGCACCUGUUAUGGUUGAGUUGGAGGGUGAAACUGAUCCACUUGAGAUUGCUAUGAAGGAGCUCCGACAGCGGAAGAUACCCUUCACCAUUCGCCGAUACCUACCUGAUGGGAGUUAUGAAGACUGGGGGGUUGAUGAAUUGAUUGUGGAAGACUCAUGGAAGAGACAAGUGGGAGGUGAUUAAUGGGCAUUUGUAUGAAUGGCUCUUGAAGGUUAUGUUUGUUGCUAGUUUGUGAAGCUAUCAUUAAUGAGCAUAUUAAUAUUGUACUGAGUAACCAACCUAAUGGGAUUAAGUUGGCGUGUGUCCUGUGUUGCACUUAAUGAUGAUGCACUCCUGCUUUGAAUUAGUGAUGUUCCAAAUUUAUAAAAUGGUGGACUGAAGUCAGUAUUAUUAACCACUUGGACCAAGUUGGCAUUUAUCAUUUAUGUUUGUGUCGCUAUAGGCCGCAUUAUAGUUGCUAAUGUAAGACUAUCACGUUGAAAAGAUAUUUUUGGGUGUCGUCUUGAAAGUUACUACAAGAAAAGGGUGAGUUAUAUAACUCAAUCUAGUGAGUUUAUUACGAAAUAG